AUGUCGGCCUCGCCCUCCCCCUCAACGAGCGCGCUUAUCGAGCAUGCGAAACCCCCACCUGGCAGCAGCCACGAGCGGAGCACCUCGAGCAUCUCGCCCUCCAAACGAAUCCCACUCAAGCGCCAACAGCAAGAGCAGCAGCAGCGACAGCAAAAACUGGCCCAACGACCCAAAGAAACGGUGCGGCACGAUAUCGAGUUGCUCAGCGACUCUUCGUCCGACGACGACGACGAGCAACCCGACGAACCGCUGUUGCAAAGGAAGAGGAGGGCCAGUCAAAACAACGCCGCUUCGACGACCGCAAAGCCUUCGUCGGCUCGAGCGGGUCCGAGUCAGGCCUCGAGGGCACCGGCAUCCCACAACCGACCUGGAAGGCCAACCAAGAAGAGUGCGCGGUCGUCGGACAGUAGUGCCGAGUCCGAUGAAUCGACCGAGACCUCGGGGUCGCAUUCGUCGUCUUCUUCCGCGACGCCCAUGAUGGAGCGCAAAAGGAGGCUUUCGAAGGAGACGCUCAAGCCCAAGAAGAGGAAGACCUUGGAUGGAGGAAAGCGAGCAGGUGCAGAGGAUUCGGACAUCUCAGCGAGCAAGGCAGCCAACGCCGGCGUCGCCUCAACUGUGCAAAAGAACGCCAGCACAGCCAAGCUGCAAUGGCAAGUGCCGAGGAACCAAGGGCACGACCCUGUGGGCGGCUUGCAUACCGCGGGAAAGGGCAAGGGCAAGCGGAAAAGUACCGGGAAAGGGGACGAGGAUGAAGUCGACAAGGCCCUGUCGUGCGAGCUUUCAUUGGUGGCCGACGAAGGCGAUACGACCAGGGAGAAGGGAAGGGCUCCCGUCACCCAGCAGCGGGGACCAGAUGACGAACCCUCGUCGACCAAAUCAGCCGCGACAGCUACGAUGCACCCGGCUCGGUUGAGGAGCAAGAAAUCGAACGAAAGGCUGUGUCAAGAUGAUUCGGAGCGGAGAUUCAAGAAGAAAAAGGACACCGAGGGUGAGGGAGUCCAUCAAUCGGCAAUCACAGCUGGGCCAACCCCGACCACGAUGAGCGCAAAGCAUCAAAAGUACUCAACCGGAUUGGCGCUGAAUGUGGCAUCGAAACCACCUGCGAAGACGACACCGGGUGGACCUGCACUCGCCAACAAAGCACCAGUAUCGGGAUCUGGCGCAGCUUCGGCCACUCGAGACGCUCCAUCGACGAGCUCAGGUGCCGUAGCAUCGAUAGCGCAAGCAAAACCUAGCCCGAAACAGGCCCUCACCUCUUCUUUUCGACCUCAAAAUCCUAAUGAACUGGAAGUGGUCACAGCGACAUCGGGAAUGUCGACUCCCUCGAAGACCAAAACCCCCAAGUCGACUGCCCUUUCCUCGAAGCCAUCAGCGCCUGUCACAUCGUCAACCGCUUCUGCAGCUUCUUCCACGCGAACGGGUAUGACCUCGUCAACACCGAAUCUCUCGCAGAUGAGAAGGAUUCCAAAAUUCGCGCCAACGCAGCAAUCGGCACAGCAAGACCCCACGAUCGAGACUGAUGACCAGAGGCUUGCGUCGAACAGUCCGCUCGUCGGGGCGGGGACACCGUCGGCCACGAAUCACCGUCCCGAAACGUCGCGACGAGUGAGCUCAAGCGGUGCGUCGGACUUCCGCUUUACGCUGAAAGAAGAAGCCAUCACUGGCUAUAGUUUCUCGGGGAGAUCCAAAGUCGACGACCGCGUCGACCUUGCCGAACCGGUCUUCAUCGGCUCGCGAGAUGACGCCGUUGCCUUCAUCGAUUUCGCACUGGCUCGCAAUUGGUUCCGAUCGAAAAAGAGGCUCUUCUUGAAGAUAGAGACCACAGCGGACCCCGAAGAUCCGCGGUCUAGUAUGUCCCUGGCAACCAUCGCUCCCCGUUCGCCCACAAGUGACAACUACCUCGUCAGCGCCUUCGCCCGACCGGCUCCAGGUCCUCUCACGCCAGAACUUCGCCGCCAUCUGACGGCCCAGGGCGAGUAUGCAGCGACGAUGCUCCUCGUUCGUGCGAUCUUAACGCCGCACAAAGGACUCCUCGACGUCACGAAACUCCUACAUUCCGCCGCUUACGACUCCAGUCUUGGUCAAGAAGACGUGGACUCUUUUGUUGACCGACUCCAAAAGGAAGCUUUGAUCAUUUGGCACGACUACAGGGAGCAGCACCCUCGACAUCAUCUGGUCAAGCUCAUGCCCAGGAUCAUGAACUUGGGCGAGAAGGACGUUUUGCUCGUAUGCGAUCAACUCAUCGAAAUCUUCGAGAACGGCUGCGCAACAACAGCGAAGGGGAGCGUAUUUCUGGGGUUCGGGUCUUGGGCUGGCAAGCUCGGUCAAGACAUACUGACAUGUACAAGGGUGAGCUUCGCCGCUUUGUGCUGAAGCGUGAGAAUAAUGCUUACUGAGUCCAGAAUGUGGGCUUGCGUCACCCGUAGGCCCUGAUGCAAUUCGCUGAAGGGAAGCCAGCAUACUGGAAGAAAGUGGAGGAGGUCCUUACACGUCUCGCUCUGCUCUGCAUCAGCGAUGGAUCGCAGACAGCGACAAGCAUGUACCGAAAAUUGAAUGCACAGAGCCUCGAGGCACGCCAUUCCUGCGCCGUCGCGGAGAGGCGUUACACGCAAGAAGGCAAAGCGUGGCCGGAGCCCCGUAUCGCGAACCCCGCAACACAACCGACUCAAACUAGAGCCUCUGGCCUAUCGCGGCCGCAUUCACCACCUGCUGCGAUUCACGCCCCGAGUAAACCGAUAGCGGGAGCCGCGACGUCAAGCUUGCCUUCAACAUCAUACCCCUCGACAUCGACCGCUAAGCCUAUCCAAUCUUCGGUUGAUCCGAUUGCUCCUGGCCCGUCUGCAGUUGGACAAGGCACCGCUGCUUCUACACUGACCUCGACCUCCGAGGCGGCCGUUUUUUAUGCGCCACUUCGCCCUCUACCUCUCCCACCACCUGAGGAGAGGAAGAGCAUCACCAGACCAGCGGCAAACGAUCCUAGGUUGGCAAAACGGUACAGCAUCGGAGGAUGUGGCUCGAUCACUCGAGUUGUGCCAGCGGGUAUGAACGCUUCAAAACCCGAUUCAGCCUUGGAGCGCCAGUCUCCGCCGAUUGCGGGGGCGAUUGGGGCGGCCCCUCCGAUCCUCGAUGCGUUACGGCACGCCUCUCCUGCUGUCAUCGGCCAAGCCACAAAAUACGUUUCCGACUUGGGAAACGGCACGAGCGACAUCCCUCUGACUGUCGGAAAAGAUUAUCCGGCACGAUUCUUGUCGGCUUCAACGCCCGUCCCAACUUCCACGACUUUCGUGUCGUCGAUCAUGCCUGGUCCUGCUUCCGUGGCAUUGCCCGAUGAACCACCCAGCACAGGAAGACGGCCUUCGUUAUCGACAACCCUGCCCGAUCGGCCACUCAAGAGGCUCAAGCUCAUGGCAUCCCGGAUGACAAGCCCGUCAGAUGUCCCCAGGCGCGCCUCGAAACUCCCGAUUAGCGAAGAGCUCGAGCCCGUGCUCGGGAGUCCUCUGAGUUCGGCCGCCUCUCGUGACCCGACUCCGGUGACGCAUUUGUGCCAGACUUCCCUAUCUUCCGCACGCCGUGAGACCCCCGUCAACACACCGACAGGCAUGAGUAGAUCUCCAACGGCUCCCAACGUCCACGCUUCCUCGAACGGACGGGCUUUCGUCGCACCCCCUCGAGCACCUCGAUCAAGCAGUGUCGUUGAAACCAACAAAGAAGCUGGCUCUUUGCGACCACUCAUCUCGGGACCAUACUACCACGAAGUGGUGGGCCAUCUACUGGAGCCUGUAGAUGUCCACCUACUUGAUUCGAAGAGGAUGUGGUCGAAGCAAUUCGUACUCGACGAUCCGCAAAUCCUUGGUCGUCUGCGCGAGCCAAAUCGAGAGGAUACGGAUCUCGACGCCACAGAGCUGCCACUGCGAGCUCGAGGGGUAUUUCGUCGGAAUUCUGCGGUGGACGAUGGGCUUGAGAAUGUUUUGUGGCCUUCCGACAUUACGCUCAGUGUGGCUACCGGCCCUUUUGGAUCGUGGGCAAGAACCUGUCCGGUAGCAGUCUCAGACAUCGUGCGUGCUUGGCUUGUAUCAAUGAAUCGCAACUCAAAACUGAUCUAUUAUCCUGUGAUGGGUACUCUAGGUUCCUGGUACCAACAUGGAUACCUGCCAUUACUUUGACCUCACCCCCUACCUCGCUUUAGGCCACAACGCUUUCAUCAUUGCAAAGCUCGGUUCGGUGCGUUUCCCCCCCGGCCUGCGAUUCUCAAUCGAGGUGUGCACGUCCUUCUCGGCUGGGCAUGCUCGUCGCCAGAUCAAGGAAGAAGAGGACGAGGACAAAACUUUUGAGUUGUAUGAGGGUUUCAAAGACCGGGCGAUGCGAUGCGACUCGGUCAAGCUGUCCCUAGCGGAUCCGAGGGCACCGACCAAGCGGAUCGAUUUGCCGGUGCGGGGACUCGAGUGCGAACACCUCGAGGUAAAUUCUCUGAUGGCGGGGACCUGUGCGGACAUAGCUCAUCUUUUCUGCUUUGUCUUUGAUCCUCCCGUGCAGACCUUUGAUUUUGAGACACAUCUGGCUUCGUCGACCAAGGACGAUUGGAAGUGUCCGUUUGAUCACACCCUCCUUCAAGGCAGCGACAUCGGCUGUUCAAAAUUCUGCCCUCCCUCGAAGCUGUGGAUCUGCCACUAUACGCUUGAUAACGUGCUCAAAGGGGUUCCCGAAGAGUAAAUGAAACCAAUUCCCUGACCCACCUCACACUGUAAAUGCUAAUUGUGGUCCAACCCCAUGUCGACAUAGUGCGGUGGACGUCUUCAUCGAGGCGGGUGCAAGUCAAGUCAAGGCGGAAGAGGCCGAAUCACCCAUUGAGCCGUAG